AUGCUACUUCAGAUCGGAAGACUAGAAUCACCAGAGUGUCCCUUGCGGUUGGAAGCUGGACUUAUAUAUGCUCGGUCGACCAAUCCCUUCGAUUCUGACUGUGAAAUACCAGCAUCUCAGCCAGCACCGUCGGUAGAAAAAAAGAAGCAAAGGAAGAAGGUUGUCGACAAAACAAAGAAACGGACAAAGACCAAUGCUCCGAACGAGCUAGAACUCGGUGGUGAACCCCUCCGAGCGGCUGCGUUGCGGAGCUUCUUAUCAAGAUGUAGCGGUUCCGGUUAUACACUCCAGCGGGAUCCCACCCGGCAGGGCAACUACUACGUGGAACUACGUGUUUACAACGCUCGGGAAGCGGAGGCGCUCAGCACCGACCGCUGGAAACAGGCCCUAGUUACAUUCAAAUCGGCUCGGCAAACCGCAGUCCGGUAUGGAAAGCAGUCACAAAACUAG